AUGGCGUCUUUUGGCCGCAGGACGAGGCCCCAGUUCUCUGUCCCCUCCUCACCAUCAGACGCCGAGUCGCCCAUUCGGCCUAGAAGACCGAGUCUCGAACCCCAGGGCGACAUCCUCUCCACCCGCGGUCAAUACCUUUCCUCAUUGAUACGACGACGAUCGUUCUCGAGCAGCCAGAGCCUUUACAGAUCGGAGUAUCUUGAUACCGAACGGGAUGACGCUGUUUCUUUCCGAGACCGACUUGAACGGCCAGCGUCGGUCCGGGCGAGGGAACUGAUCGGAGAGGACAGGCCUUCAUACAAUUGGCAGCAGUACUACAAACACCCGAACGCGUUGGAAGGAUUAUCGAAACCAGUGCGUGAACUCUACGAGCGGAACAAUGACCUCAUAUCACAAUACGUCUACAUCGACCGGCUUCUCGACUCGUCGCUACCCCAUCGACUGAUUGUGGAAUACCAGCAGAAUCGUGCAGAACGGGCCACAACAGGAGUCAAUGGAAUUACAUCUGAAGGUGACUAUGGAUCUAUAGAUGAUCUGACCGAAAGGGGUCGGUUAGGUGGUGAUGCGACACCCAAGAAGAUCAAGCGGACUCCCCGGAACCUUUAUCGGAUUCCGAGUGAAAGCACGCUACUUUUGCCCCCAACAACUGAUGAAGAAUCGUCGCCCUUGGAGGAUAUCACGCCGAAAGGUCACGAUUUCGUGGAUAGCGGAGCCCGCAUUGUCACUGUCGCCAUUUACGUUAACUUUGUUGCCAAUGUCAUUUUGCUGGUGGCGAAGAUUGCUGCGUUGUUGAUGACCAACUCAGUGUCCGUUCUUGCAAGUUUGGUCGAUGGAGCGCUGGAUUUCUUGUCUACGACGAUCGUCUGGAUCACAACGGCUCUUAUUAAAAGGCAGGACCGCUACGAAUAUCCGAUCAGCCGACGUCGACUGGAGCCGCUUAGUGUUUUGGUCUUUGCCGUUGUGAUGGUAACCUCGUUCUUCCAGGUGGCCAUCACAUCGGCAAGCCAGCUGAUGUCUCCUCAACAUGCUGUGGUUAAGCUAUCCGUGCCGUCGGCGGCGAUUAUGGGCAGCACCGUUGUCGUCAAAUUCCUCUGCUGGUUCUGGUGCCGACUGAUCAACAACUCCAGCGUCCAGGCUCUAGCACAGGACGCCAUGACAGACGUGAUCUUCAACUUCUUCAGUAUCGUCUUCCCACUUGUCGGCGGCAUAACAAACACCUGGUACCUCGAUCCACUGGGCGGCCUCGUCCUAUCCAUCUACAUCAUCUGGAACUGGGGCCUGACUGCAAGCGAACACAUCCGGCAUCUCACGGGCGCCGCCGCCUCCCGCGAGGACGUCAGCAUCCUGCUGUACAUGACAAUGCGGUUUUCGCGAUCGAUCCUCAAAAUCCAGAACCUGAGGGCUUACUACGCGGGCGAUCUACUCAACGUCGAAGUCGACAUCGUUCUACCCGACAAGAGCAGCCUGCGCGAUAGCCAUGAUCUCGGCGAGAGUCUGCAGUAUAUGCUUGAGAGUGUGCCGACGGUGGAACGGGCAUUUGUCCAUAUGGAUUAUGACCCGUGGAAUAUCCCGAGUCAUAUGAAUCAGCAGGAGGCGUAA